CUUUGGUCCACUCCACAUUCCAAUCCUCAGCUCCGAACCCAUGCGAUGCGUCUGCACGCCGGCGCAGUGCAACUCCAGUAUUUCAUGCCCCAGCAGGGAGCCACCGCCGCCGCCGCCGCCGACCACCACCAGGCCGACUCGGCUACCGCGUGCAGCGCCUCCACUUCGCCGGCCGCCGCCGCCGCCACCAUGUGGGAGUAUCAUCACCAGCUGUCGACGCACGCGGCCUUGCAGCCCUCGUCCUCUUUUCCCUACAGUUACUGGAGCCCCUACUCCGGGUCGACGGCGCUCGCCGGCUCGGCCUUCGCCGCCGACUCCUCCUCGUCGUCGACCGACGUCAUGCGUCUCCCGGCUGCCGGCGAGCACGCCCACGGACACGGCUGGAGCCACGGCGAACUAAGCAACAGCACCACCGGCGGCGGCUACAGGGAGAACUUCCUCGAUCUGCUCGCGUCGAAGAACGUGACGCCGGAAAUGUUCGAGGAAGUCCCCGCCUCCGAGCACUACAAUGUCGCACCCGCGGGGACGACCCUGACGACGACGGCACGGUCGUUCGAUCAUCAUGCUCGCUCCGACGUCUCGCCGAUCAAGUACGAGAUCGCCGGCUCGCCGCUGUACUUGGGUGGCACUAACACCGUCCUCCAGGUCCAGGACAUGACCAUGAUGAGUAGCACGCCAGCAUGCUACGGCGAACACCACCACCACCACCAUCAUCAGCUGACGAAGGAAGGCAGCUGCAACCAUCAGCAGCAGGAGCAGCACGAGCUUGCGAUUAGCCCCAUGGCCUCAUUUCUGCAGCAAAUAAGCUCCGGCAGUGCUAGCGUUGGCGUGCACAACAGUAGCCUGGAUUAUUCAGGCUUAGGAGAUCAGCCUGACAAGAUUUGCUGCCAGGACGGCCGGGAAAUGGAGGCUAGUCCUUUUGGCAUGAGGAGCUUGCCGGAUCUUGGGUCAUUCGCCGGCUACACGCCGGCCAUCGAGUCGACGUCGGUGCAACCGUACAUGAGAUGCGCCAAUUCGUCUGACAGCAAUCGACAAGAACAGGAGACUGUCCCGGCAAGGAGUAGUAGCAGCGGCAGUGGAGCGGCGGCGACUGAUCGUAAGAAGAGGAAGUCAGAGGAAAGGCAGGAAAGCACUGUCAAGAAGUCCAAGCAAGAGGCUUCCAAAGCAUCACCUCCUAAGCAACCAGUGCCUAAAGUAAAGCUAGGGGAGAAGAUCACAGCACUUCAGCAAAUCGUUUCGCCGUUUGGGAAGACGGAUACAGCAUCGGUACUGUUUGAAACGAUCAAGUAUAUCAAGUUUCUGCACGAACAAGUACAGUUGCUAAGUGAGCCGUACACGAACUCCAGCAGGAGCAACAAGCAGGGUAACAGCGUUCCAUGGGGAGAUCAAGCAGAAGCGAGCAAGGGAGAGACGAUGGAGCAUGACCUGAGGAAUAGGGGGCUUUGCUUGGUGCCUGUCUCGUGGACGCCCGAAGUGUACCGGGAUGGCAACGCGAUGGACUACUGGACGCCGGCGUACCGGGGCUGCCUGUACCGGUGACAUCUAACUGAAAUGCAAUUUGUUUGGAGAGCUGAAGAUUCUAAGACAGCUAAUGAGUAUUCAGAUAGUGAGAUUCCAGAGAAACUAAUAAGUCCAGCUUUUAGUUAUUAUAUUAGUUCAUUUUCUGGACUCUGCGGCUAAUGAUUCUCAGAAACCGGAAGAGAAUAGGGGGUCUCCAGCUCCCCAAACAAAGGUAGUGUUAGCUGCGAGUUUCUUCUAAUCGGUAUGUAGGGUGUGGCGCACGUACGACGCGCGGCUCGUCCAGGUUACAUAGGGGAGGCGAGUCGUCUGCUUAAUUAUUCUAUAUGUGGUGCGGUGCUUUGUGUUUCUGAAUUAGCAUGUAAUUUGUUUGCUAAAGCUUGCUGAUUUGUAAUGUGUGCUGCGGAUAUUAAUGAUCUGAAAAAUCGACUUGAGUUGCUGACA